CUGUGGAGAGCUCCCCAAGGUGGGUUUUGGGGGGUUUAACCCCCCUUUGCAGUUCGGGUAGCUCUGUAAGGGGAGUUAUUGGGGGUUUAAACACCCCCUUUUUUGGGGGUCACUCUGCAAGAGAAGGGGGGUUUAACCCCCGCACCCCAACUGGGGAAGUUAUUGGGGGGGAUUUGAAACUUCUCCCGCUAUUUAGGGUCGUUCUGCCGGGGGGGAGGUUUAACAUCCCCCUCCCAUUUAGAGUAGUUCUCUAAGGGGGUUUUGGGAAACUUUAACCCCCGUCCCGAGCUGGGGUAGCUCCGAAAGGGGAGUUAUUGGGGGUUUGAACCCUCUCCUCCCUUUUAGGGGAGCUCGGAAAGGGGGUUUUGGGGGGGUCACCCCCAUCUGGGGUAGCUCUGAAAGGAGAGUUUGGGGAGUUUAACCCCCCCCUCCCCCCCAAUUUAGGGUAACUCUACAAAGGGGUUUGGGAAGAUUUAAACACCUCCUCCUAUUUAGGGCAGCUCUUGCAAGAGGAGUUUAACUCCCCCUCUAAAUAUUUAGGGGAGUUUUUGGGGUUUAACUCCCCCCCCACACACACCUGGAGUAGGUUUAGAAAGGGGUUUGUGGAUUUUGGGUCCACCCCUUUCCCCUGGGUUAUCUCUGCAGGGGCUUUUGGGGCUCACAUCUGGCCAGAUGUGAAGUGCAGGGGGCUUUCCAGAGCUGGGGUUAGAGGGGGUUUAAACCCCCUCCCAAACCUAGGACAGGACUGGGGUCUAGUCCAGAACAACCAGAGCAGCCCAAGGAGGGGUCACUGAGCCCCCAAAUCUCUGUGUGGGGUCGAGAGGAGCCCCCAAAUCUCUGUGUGGGGUCGAGAGGAGCCCCCAGCUGUGGGCCCAGCCCCCCCACCCUGUGGAUGCUGCACCCCUGGAGAUGAUGCCCCCCGAGGAGGAGAACCUGGGUGGCCCCAGGAAAGGGGACAGGGCCGGUGGCCUCGUCCUCCUGCCCGGCCCCAAGAGCGGCAGCGCUCGGAAGCAGGGCUGUGAUCCCUUUGCCCAGACCCAACGGAGCAAACUCCAACAUCGCCGGGCCCGGAUCAACCAGCAGAUCAACAAGGAGAUGAGGAUGAGGGCGGGAGCAGAAAACCUCUUCAGGGCCACCAGCAACCACAAGGUGAAGGAGACUGUCGCCCUGGAGCUGAGCUACGUCAACUCCAACCUGCAGCUGCUGAAGGAGGAGCUGGAGGAGCUCAACAGCAGCGUGGACGUCUAUCAGAACGACAGUGAGUCCAUCAGUGUCCCCAUGAUCCCUUUGGGAUUGAAGGAGACCAAGGAGCUGGAUUUGCUGGUCCCCCUGAAGGAUUUCAUCAGUGAACACUAUGGAGAGGAAGGUGUCCUGUUUGAGAAAGAAAUCAAGGAGUUCAUGGAGCUGAGGCAGGCCAUGCGCACGCCGAGCCGCAACGAAGCCGGGCUGGAGCUGCUGAUGGAAUAUUACAACCAGCUCCACUUCCUCGAGAGCCGCUUCUUCCUUCCCUCCAAACCCCUGGGGGUCUUCUUCCACUGGUACGACUCGCUGACGGGGGUGCCGUCCCACCAGCGGGCUCUGGCCUUCGAGAAGGGCAGUGUCCUCUUCAACCUGGGCGCCCUGCACACCCAGAUCGGGGCCCGCCAGGCCCGCGCCGCCCUGCCCGGCCUCAACCAGGCCAUCGACGCCUUCCAGAGGGCAGCGGGUGCCUUUAACUACUUGAAGGAGAACUUCUCCAACGCUCCCAGCCUGGAUAUGAGCGCCCCUUCCUUGGACAUGCUGGUGAGGCUGAUGGUGGCCCAGGUGCAGGAGUGUGUCUUUGAGAAGAUGACCUUGCUCCGUGCCCAGAACGACUUCCUGGCCCGGCUGCAGCUCGCUCAGGAGGCAGCAAAGGUGGAGGAUGUUUACUCGCUGGUGCACCAGACCAUGACCCAGCCCCACGUGAAGGACUACGUUCCCUUCUCCUGGACCACCAUGGUGCACGUCAAGUCGGAGCAUUUCAAAGCCCUCUCCCACUACUUCGCUGCCAUCGCCCUCUGCGACUGCCCCGUGGCCUCGGAAUCUGAGCUUCCAGAGCAGGAGAAGGCCUUCAUGCAGUUCCACGUCACCAUGCCGGAGGGACCAUCGCUCCGUGUCCUGCUGCAGGACCCCGAGGAGAGGAGGAAGUUGGGCAAAGCCCACCUGAAAAAAGCCAUCAUGAAGCACGAGGAGGCCAUGAGGAUCCACGGGCUGUGCAAGAUCCUCAGGAAGAUGGACAUCCUGCAGGAGGUCCUGUCCUUCGCCCACAAGCGCUCCCUGAGCAAGUACUCGGAGAUCGACCACGAGGAGGAUUUCUUCGAGACGGGAGAUGCCCCAGACAUCCACCCCAAAACCCACCAGAAGCCCGAGAUCAAAGCCCCCAACUUCUCCCAGGUGAAGGUGACCGACCUCUUCCACAGGCUGGGACCCCUGUCGGUCUUCUCUGCCAAAAACAAGUGGUAUCCAGCAAGGAGAGUCCACCUGAUGAGGGGAGAGAAUGGAUUUGGGUUCACCCUGAGGGGAGACUCGCCCGUCCUCAUCGCCGGCGUCAUCCCGGGGGGCUGCGCUGCCGCAGCGGGGCUGAAGGAGGGCGAUUACAUCGUCUCGGUGAGCGGCCGGGACUGCCGGUGGGCCAAGCACGCCGAGGUCGUGCAGCUCCUCAAGAGCUGCGGCGCCGACGGCGUCGACGUCGCCGUCAUCACCCUGCACGGCUCCGAGGCGCCCCGGGCUCAGGUGGACAAGAAGGCGGCAGGGAUGUCCUCAGGGCUGCUGAAGAGCAACAAGGAGAACAGCAGGAAGAGCCUGAUGAACAGCAAGAGCCCCAGCACGCUGCUGGUGUGGAGCAAGAAGAGCAAGCGCAGCAAGAAGAGCACCUACAGCGGCGUCCCCUUCACCGCCGUGGGGGACAACGAGGCCAUGUACUGAGGGGGGAGGUCACCAGGCUCUCUUGUGUCCCACCAGCUCCAGGACUGGCUGUCUGGGAAGCCUGGGAAGCACUUGGUGGCCUGGCUGGGCUGUGAUGAUGUGGGUGCUGCCAGGACCACCCCCCCACCCCUGCCGCUGGACGGAUCCUCUCGGAAAAGGACUCAUCCAUCUCCCAGCUCUGGGCUCCUCCACGUCCCAGCUCAUCCCCCCUCAGCGAAACAAGGGGAAAACACUGAUUUAGUUGUGAUUUUUAAUCGUUCCUUUCUUACUCUUGGAGGGUUGGGGAGAGCUUUGGUCUGAGGGGGGACCCCGCUUGGUGUCGCCCGCUCGGUGUGAGGAGCCACCAAACCUCAGCCAUUAAAGCAGAAGCUGUGACCUCCUUUAGCAUCUCCUGGGCUCUCUCUGCAGGGUAGAAGAUGCCACCACUGCCAGAGAGCUGCUGGCACAGCUGAAUCCUUCAGCAGCUCCCCCUUGGACCCCCCUUUUCCAGGAGGGGGGGACCCUAUGGGCAUCAGCGACCAGUGGUGACCCCAUGAAGGGGUUGCAGCACCGGGUGGUGCAUCCACCCCUUAGAGAUCUCCCAGUGAAAUUGGGUAAAAUUAGGGUGGUUUGACCAUUUUUAGUGCUUUUUUUUGAGGGUAGGUUUGUGUUUUUUUGGUUUUUUUAAAUGACCCCCCCAGGUUGGCUCAGCAAAUCCAGCCCAGCUGCACAUUCAGCUUCUUUGGAAGAAAAGGGAAAGACUUAACAUUUGUUGUCUGGCUUUUUUUUUUUUUUUUUUUUUUUUUAAUCAGUAGAGGUGGAUUGGCCUAAAUAUUCCGUGAGUAGAUUAAUAGCUGAGAGCCUUGGGUUGGUGGUUUGUUUUGUUUUGGUUUUUUGGUUUGGUUUUUUUUUUCCUUCUGGCAGGAGAUUAAAAUUCCAGGCAGAUAACUCCUCCAGAUUAUUAAACUACUAAAUUUCUGCUGCUAUUGGAGAUCUUGCACACGUUGCUAAUACCCUCCCGCUGUGCUGUCAGCACUCCAAGCCUGGGCUGAUGCAUCCAUGCAUCUUGAUAAUUGUCCUGGGAAUGCUGGGAGGCUCCGAAUCCGCGCUCGGAUGUAUCGGCAACGUUUCUGUCUCCAGCCCCCACCUUUCCACCUUGGGCAUUAUUUUUUAUUUUCUUGAAGGCUCUGUCUGGUCUUCAGGGCUUGGAUGAUCUUGGUAGGUAUAAAAUACCCUGUCAGAGA